AUGUUGGGUAUCCUCGCAGCUGUACUUAUCUUAUUGUACGGGGGCAAAUCUGCAGGCGGUACAGGAGGUGUUUUUGAAAACGACAUCAGACGCUUUAAGAAAGUUUGCUACGUGACCAACUGGUCUCUUACGAGAGCUGAGGCAAGAUUUUCCAUCACCGACAUAGCCCCCAGUCUCUGUACGCAUUUCAUUUAUGCAUUUGCAAACAUUGAUGUUGAAUCUUUGUCCCUCGUCCCUUCUUUAAAGGUAGAUGUUACUGAAGGGGAUGUGACUGGAAAUUACGAAAAAUUAAAUGAUCUUAAAAAAGAUCAUCCAGAAAUGCGGACUCUCUUGUCGGUAGGUGGCGCCUUAGCCGGGACUUCGGGAUUUGAUGCUGUUUCUGAAACUUUAUUUUCAAGGAAAAAGUUCUCCAUCAAUGUGGUUAAAUUUUUACGACGCUGGAAAUUUGACGGGCUAGACGUUGAUUGGGAAUUUCCAAAUCUUGAAACCAAAAGCAAGUUCACGCUACUCAUACAGGAGCUGCGUGUUACAUUUGACAGACAUAAAGAGAAGAACAAACCGCCCUUGCUGUUAUCUGCCGCAGUGGGAGUGUCUGAGACACAGAUCACUCAGAGUUAUGAAGUCCACCUCAUCGCCGAUCUACUUGACUUCAUAAAUGUCAUGAGUUAUGAUUUUCACGGCAGCUGGGAUAACACUAAAAUAACAGGACUAAACAGUCCUUUGUUCUCAAGAUCAGCACGUGAUACCAAAUUUGACAACACUCUUAGCGUUAUGAUCAGUAAAGUGACAUUUCAGGACUGGGCGUUGAAUCGGUGGAUCGCAGCCGGAGCGCAGCCAGAGAAGUUGUUACUGGGCGUAGCUGCAGAGGGCAGAACGUUCACUUUGGCCGAUAAAACACGCACAGACAUCGGCAGUCCGUUUGUGUCCGCGGGCGAGGCAGGGGCGUACACGAAGACUGAGGGAGCCCUGGCUUAUUUCGAGAUCUGCGAGUUGGUGUAUAAGGGCGUCACAAGGCGGUGGGACGGUGUGCAACAAGGUCCAUAUCUAUAUCGUGACUCACUGUGGGUCGGCUACGACAGUCCUCGCAGCGUCGGAAUCAAGUCCAGCUAUGUUAUGAGGAAAGGCCUCGGUGGGGUGAUGUUGUGGGCACUGGACUUGGACGAUUUCAGUGGAAAUUUCUGCAAAAAGGGCAGAUAUCCUCUCCUGACCACCGUCAACAAAGUUUUAGAUGGAAAGACCAUAGUAACCAUCGACUGGCCCUCAGGAGCCGAACGGGUUUUACCACACUCCACACAUAUUUUGGGACUGUCAGUUAUUUUUGUCUUCAAAAUGACGCGGUUUAACUAGUGCAAAGAUUUUCAUUAGGCUCCGUUGGAGUAAUCAAAGAACCGUAAUGAAUUUUGGAAAGAGCAAUAUCAUGCAUG